UGUUAUUUCUCAUCUGACCUCCCUUUCUCUUCAACUUGCUAUAUGAUUCGUAAUAACGCCAAAUUAUCCCUCUUAAAGUUCAAGCUUGAUAAGUUAGGUACCUAAUAUAUAAUUCUCAAUUUUCGGAAAGAAAACAUGGCUUCGACAGAUCGCCCCACUACCGCCGUUGUGGAGCGGGCCUCGGUAUCCGACAUUCCGGAGCUGAUCACCGUCUGGUGGGACGCGUUCGGCUCCGAACACAUGCAGCGCAUCUUCCCGCAGACGCCCGAUGGCAGGAUCUGGCUCGAGCGCGCUUUCAAGCAGUUCUUUGCGCCCGUAAAGGGACCCGAUGAGCUGAAGACCGAGUGUCUUAUCGUGCGCAGUCCGGAUACUGGUAUCCCUGUUGCGAUAGCUAUCUACCGCAUCGUACCGGAGGGAUACGACACGGCGAAGCAGACGUGGCGCGCGAGGUGGCCCGCUGUUGAUGACUUACCGGAUUUCAGCGAUGCCGCCGUGGACGAAUUUUUUAGCCGUAUGGAAAAGGCGCAUGCUUACGUUCUGGGCAACCGUGGUCAUGUCUUCUUGGAAGUCCUUGGUACGAUGGCGACAUUUCAGAAAAGGGGUUAUGGUACCGCGCUAGUCAAGUGGGGAACUGAUUUAGCUGAUCAGUUAGGAGUCGAGUGCUACUUGGAUGCCAGUCCUGCCGGAAAGCCACUCUACGAAGCACACGGUUAUGUAGAGCAAGACGUGCCUGCCAUUAUAGACAAUCAGUCGUCUGCGUCAAUGCUGCGUCCCAAGAAACUUCAAGCCUGAUAGGUACCUCCUAUGAAAGUACUUAUACGACACUUAAUGGGCAUGGUUGAUACUAGAAUUGGGUUUUAGAGAGAUUAUCGUCAAACCGACUCCAACACGACAAGAAUGAUAAGGAAUCCCUCCUAUAAUAUACUUAAACCAUAGCAGAAAUAGAAACCAGAGUGAGUUAAAUAUAAUUGAUACUCAACCCGGCCUUUUCGG